AUGCCAUUCGCUGAUCAGGCUAACGGGGAGCCUCCCACCGAGUUCGUCUACACGCUGGAACCAAAGGCUCUCGCAGAAUAUGCGUUGAGCGUCCGAAGUUCUGAUCCAUCAGUCCCAGAAGGGGAGACGUUUCAAUGUAUCGCUGAGCUGCCACCGAUUUUUGGACGCAAGAACGUGGUCUUCAGCAUAACCUUCUCUGAUGGCGCGCGCUGGGCGCUUCGGAUACCCUACCCUCCCUAUUCUGAGCUAAUACAGGAUAGGAUGAGGGCAGACAUCGCUACUACGCGUUUCAUUCAAGCUCGAACAGAUGUCCCGAUUCCAAAAAUUCACGCCGCUCUGCCAACUGUGGACAGUCCAAUUGGUGUGCCGUUCAUAUUAAUGGAUUGGGCCCGGGGAGUCUGUCUCGAAGACGUUUGGUAUGACAGGAAAUGGAGAACUGAACCAAGGACGAGAGGCGUUAUAGAAUCCCUGGCUCCCCAUAUGGCAGCCCUAAACGCGCUCGAGUUCCCCUCGAUCGGGACUUUGAUACCUCAAAACACCGAUCCUGAUUCGACUACUUGGUCCGUUGGACCAUUCAUCGAUGAUCGCAAUGAGAUGGUUCCCAACUCGGCCAAUCUCAAUAAAUGUGGUCCUUAUAACUCGGUGCAUGCAUACUACGUAGAAACAAUUGAAAACGCCGCUCGAAGGUUGCAAUCACGACAUGGUCGCGCCCAACUUGCGCUACUUCGCAUGCUUAGCUCCACUCUCCCAUCGUUCGAGUUUGACGGUCCGCCGUUCGUACUAAACCACCCGGAUCUUUGCGCAAAGAACGUAUUCGUUGACCCUGCAACCGGUGUGAUAACGGCGCUGAUUGAUUGGGAUGGAGUGAACACAGGCCCACGACAAAGUGGUUGUGCGCGGUAUCCUUCAUGGAUGACUAAAGACAUGAAUCCUUUCAGAUAUACCUGGAAAGCUACGUACGGCGAUUUCUUGAAAGAGCCUGUUCAGAGCGUCAUUCAAACCCGUGCUCCAUCUCCUGUGCCACCAGAAGAUGUUCCGCAGCCCGGUCCUAGCAGGGAACCGACGGCCGCUGGAGCGACAAACGAAGAGCCGGAUCGUGAUCCCUUCACAUUUGACUGGAACGAAUCAUUGUCUAGCAGCGACGCCUCCUCAUGGUUCGACGGUGGAGACGAUGCUUCAUCCUCAAAAUCUUCCAUCGAGAUCAUCCGUACGGAAGAGUCACCAACCGAGCUCGGCCUGCUAAGAAAAACGUAUCUUGCUUUCAUGAAACUUAUGUACCCCUCCCUUGCAUCUCUCACGGAGCGUUCGCACAUAUCCGAAGCUAUCGAACGAGCGAUUUUCGAUCCUGAAUCGCGACCUAUGAUAAUUAGCAAAUUGUUCGAAGAACUCGUAGGCCCAGGCAGUGCGUGGUGGAUUGCGAGGACAGUGAGGAAAGGGCUGUGGAAUGGAACGUGGCUUUCGAAUGGGUGGGUUGGGCCUGUCGCUGGGGGUGCGCCGCCUACGGAGGUGCUCAGUGGCGGCGAGGUGGAAGAAGCCGACGACUAA